AUGGGUAAACAAGAAGGUUUUCUGAUUAUGACACGUGAUAAGAACUCAGUCGGCUAUUGGCUGUUUGUUCACGUUACGGACCAUCCAUUUAUAGUGGAACUUCAUUAUGCUUUUCAAACACAGCAGAAAUUAUAUUUGAUCUUAGAAUUUUUAAAUGGUGGAGAACUGUUCUCUCUUCUUGAAAAGGAAAACAUUCUUCUUGAGAAUCAUGCUUGUUUUUAUUUGAGUGAAAUAUUACUAGCUCUGGGAUAUUUACAUAAGGAAGGUAUUAUCUAUCGUGAUUUAAAACCAGAAAAUGUGCUGUUAGAUGCUAAGGGUCAUGUAAAAUUGACUGACUUUAACUUAGCCAAAGAAUUUAUGGAUGCUGGUUCAGUAACUAAGACUUUUUGUGGAACGGUUGAUUUUAUGGCUCCUGAAAUAUUAACUCGAAGUGGCCAUGGAUUAGCAGCUGAUUGGUGGAGUUUUGGUGCAGUCAUGUAUAAUAUGUUGACUGGUUCACCACCCUACACAGCUAAGAAUCAGAAGGCAAAAGUUGAAAAGAUUUUAAAUAAAAAAUUGAGGUUUCCACGUUAUGUUACAGAAGUUGCUAAAGAUUUGAUGAGAAAGCUGCUUAAGCAUCCAUAUAUGAAGAGACUUGGGAGUGGUCCUGAAGAUGCUGAAGAGAUCAAACGCCAUCAGUUCUUCAGCCAUGUAAAUUGGGAUGAUGUUCUUGCCAAAAGAGUGCAACCUCCCUUUGAACGACCAGUGCUGAGUGAUGAUGAUGUGUCACAAUUUGAUAAAUUUACAAACAUGGCUGCAGAUGUCCCAGACAUAGCUACAGAUGACUGUUCUCUAACUGACAGUCAAAAACAUGUAUUUUCUGGUUUUUCCUUUUCACGGCACUCAUUUUCAGAUGACAGGCAAAAUGAACCUAAUUUUUCAUCAUUAGUUUUAGAGAACAAGUACAGUAUACUUGAUUUAUCAGUGGCAUCUUCAUCUAAGAGAAAACGCGAGUCAUCUUCAAGGCACUGCAAACUGCCACGAUAUUUUUCAGUUCAGUGCUUUUAAUAUUAUGUAGCUGUAAAUCUCUUAUUAUCAGAGACUUUUACUGUGUUUACUGUUUUUAAAACUCUAAUUAAUUCUCUUAUCUGUAAAUCAACAUCAAUAUAUCUGCCUGCCUUAAACUUGUUAUCCAUGCCAUUUUCAACUCUAUAUUAAUUUUUGCAAGGUAAAACAAAAAGGAAUUGUGUGAAUGAACCAAUAAUAAUAAUAUAUUUGCUAAACCGUUAAUAUAUUAAUAACACUUUAUAUUAGUAACUUUUAAUUAUUUAUUCAUAAAUACAGUAUUGCAUAGCUGUCAAUUCUCGCAAUAUUUCAACUCAUCUCCCGGUCUCCCAGUACAUCACAGAAUCUCCUGGUUUUUAACUUUUAGUUUUAGUAAUGAAAAUAUUUUUCAACAACACAAUUAAAUGGUGCUAAUGAAAUUAAUUUGUGCAAGUAAAAUAUGCACAGUUUUAAGUUUAAUUUUGAAAUGAUUUGAAAUUUUCAUAAUUUUAGUUUCAUUCUCCAGCCUUAGUGAUCUACAGCAAAAUUUUUGCAUUAAAUUUGAUUUGAUCCAAAUUGUCUUAAUUUAUUGUAAACAUGUGUAGAAUCUUAUAUGAAGAUUCAAUCAAAUGUUUAAUCAGUAACUAUUUCUGUUUAAUUUUGUUUAACAUAAAUAUAAAUUAUAUUAAUAAAAAUAUCUAUACAAUA